AUGAAGAAUACUCCAAAGCAGCUUUUAUUACUUUAUAAGGCUCAAGUGCGUCCAGCUAUGGAAUAUUGCUCUCAUGCUUGGGGUUCAGCUCCUAAGCACUCGUUACUCCUACUUGAUUCCAUUCAAAAAAGAGCAGUGCGCCUAAUAGACGAUCCAACGUUAACUGCCAACCUUCAUAGUCUCGAUUACCGUAGGAAGGUUGGAGACUUAUGCCUUUUUUACAGAUACUACCACGGAAGGUGUUCUGCUGCCAUUGCCUCCAUGAUUCCUCCAGGGGCUCAAUUUGAUCGACGAACAAGGCUAGCCGAUAAUAGUCACCAGUUUGUCGUGCAUCUUUCUACAGCUAGGACAUCGGUGUAUCAGAAGGCUUUUCUUUACCGAACUGCAAGAUAUUUCAGUAUGAUAGUCUAA